AGAUUGCUCGGUUAAAUGUACCGAAUGAACUUUCAUUUCCCCACUAUCUGGGAAGACAUCCUUGAUUUCCUACAAAUACUGGGUGUAGAACUUACUUGUGCAUACGAGGCUCUGCCUCUGGGCUUUCUAUUCUGUUCCAGAGAUCCAGUACCAGAAUAUUUAAAUCACUGUGUCGUUAAACACGUUUUAAUAUCUGAUAGGGCCAGUUUCUGCGCAUUGCACAUUUUUUUUUUUCCUUUCAGGAACGUGUUCGGGCCCGCGGCAGGGGGCGGGGUCGCGCCUCCUCCGCGGCUCCGGUUCCAGCCGAGCCUCACCGCCUCGGAGAUGGAAAGCCCAAGGCUGCUCCCGCCUCGUGGGACACGACAGAGUGGUGGUGCUGGCAGCCCCGCGGGCGGCAGCCGGUUCCACGGCGGCCCUGACCCGCGGGCUGGCCAGGUCCCCGCGCGCCGCCUCCUGCUGCUCCGGGGCCCCCAAGAUGGCGGGUCCGGGAGGCGGCGCGAGGAGGCCCGCGCGGCCUCACGGGGCCCGGGCCUGAGCCCGUUGGCGCCCAGGUCGGAUUAUGCUAGUGGCGGCGACAGCGAUGACUUCUUCCUGGUGCUGCUGGACCCGGUGGGUGGCGAUGUGGAGACCGCGGGCGAUGGCCAGGCCGCAGGGCCUGUAUGGAGGGAGGAGGCCGAGUCGGUCCCACAGCUGCAGCAGGGUGAGAGUGGCGCGAAUCCCGCGGGCCGCCAGGCGCUAGGCCCCCGCUGCCUGUCUGCAGUCCCCGCCCCAGCCCCGGCCCAGAACCCGAUCCCCGCCCCAAGUCUGGCACCCGCCGCGGCCUUCACGGGCACCGUCACCAUCCACAACCAAAACCUGCUCUUGCGCUUCGAGAACGGUGUCCUCACCCUGGCCACACCCCCGCCGCCAGCCUGGGAGCCUGAAGUCGCGCCUGCCCCUCAGCCUGGGGGUCUGAUGGCUCCGCAAGCGGGGGUCCAGCCCAACGACUGCUGCCCUGAGCUGCCGCCCGACCUCCUGCUGGCCGAGCCGGCUGAACCGGCGCCGGCCCCAGCGCCUGAGGAGGAGGCAGAGGGCCGGGCCGCAGCCGAGAGUCCCCGCAGGCCGCUGGGCCCGGGCCCGGGCGUGGUGCUGUACCUGUGUCCCGAGGCGCAGUGCGGACAGACCUUCGCCAAGAAGCACCAGCUGAAGGUGCACCUGCUGACUCACAGCAGCAGCCAGGGCCAGCGGCCCUUCAAGUGCCCCCUGGGCGGCUGUGGAUGGACUUUCACCACCUCCUACAAGCUCAAGAGGCACCUGCAGUCGCACGACAAACUGCGGCCCUUUGGUUGCCCUGCGGAGGGCUGUGGCAAGAGCUUCACCACGGUGUAUAACCUCAAGGCGCACAUGAAGGGCCAUGAGCAGGAGAACUCGUUCAAAUGCGAGGUGUGCGAGGAGAGCUUCCCCACUCAGGCCAAACUCAGCGCCCACCAGCGCAGCCAUUUCGAACCUGAGAGGCCAUACCAGUGCGCAUUUUCCGGCUGCAAGAAGACGUUUAUCACAGUGAGUGCCCUGUUUUCCCAUAACCGUGCCCAUUUCAGGGAACAGGAACUCUUUUCCUGCUCUUUUCCAGGCUGUAGCAAACAGUACGACAAGGCUUGUCGCCUGAAAAUUCACCUGCGGAGCCACACAGGUGAGAGACCUUUCCUUUGUGACUUUGACGGCUGUGGCUGGAACUUCACCAGCAUGUCCAAACUCUUGAGGCACAAAAGGAAGCACGAGGAUGACCGGAGGUUCAUGUGCCCUGUGGAAGGCUGUGGGAAAUCUUUCACAAGGGCUGAGCAUCUGAAAGGCCACAGCAUAACCCACCUGGGCACAAAGCCUUUUGUGUGCCCUGUGGAAGGCUGCUGUGCCAGGUUCUCUGCUCGCAGUAGUCUCUACAUUCACUCCAAGAAACACUUGCAGGACGUGGACACCUGGAAAAGCCGCUGCCCAGUCUCUACUUGUAAUAAGCUCUUCACAUCCAAGCACAGCAUGAAGACCCACUUGGCCAAAAGGCACAACCUUGGCCAGGAUCUCUUAGCUCAGCUAGAAGCUGCAAAUUCUCUUACGCCCAGCAGUGAACUUACCAGCCAGGGACAGAAUGACCUCAGUGAUGCAGAGCUAGUGUCUCUCUCCUCUGAUGUGCCUGGCAGUAGCUCCGCUGCAGUGCUGGACACAGCAUUGGCAAACUCUGGAAUCUUGACUAUUGAUGUGGCUUCUGUGAGUUCAACUCUGGCAGGGAGCCUCCCUGCUAAUAAUAAUAAUUCAUUAGGGCAGGCUGUGGACCCUCGGGCCUUGAUGGCCACCAGUGACCUUCCUCAGAGUCUGGAUACCUCUCUCUUUUUUGGAACGACAGCCUCUGGUUUUCAGCAGAGUCCCUUAGAUAUGGAUGAUGUCUCAAAUCUAAGUGUGGGGCCAUUGGUAUCUCUGGGCUCUUUGGCUAUGAAAAACUCGAGUCAAGAGCCCCAGGCUGGGGACUUGACCCCCAGCAGUAAGCUUACAGUGGACACAGAUGCUCUGACUCCUUCAAGCACCCUUUGUUGA